UUUAUCAAAUCAUAAGAAAAUCAGAUAAAAUUGAGGGAAACAAAAAGAAAAACGCAUCCAGUUCCUACUUUCCUAGAUGCUUUAUUAAACGAACACCUUUUUCAUUGUCUCAUCCAUUCCUCUACUUCACACGUCAAUUCUCCCACUCCAAAUCUCUCCCGUAAAAUCCAGUAUCCACUACUACUACCAAACACCUAGGGUUUCUUCAAAUUUCGCAACUAUGGAGGCUUUUGAUUCUCUUUGAAAUUGUAACCGUUGCGGUAGAGUGUGAAACGUAGUUGUCAACAAUGGCGGUGGAAUACAGUUGUUGCGAACCGCAUUUCUUCAUCAACAUUGGAGUGAUUGUUUUUCUUGUACUUUUUGCUGGAUUGAUGUCUGGACUUACUUUAGGUCUUAUGUCCAUGAGUCUUGUUGAUCUCGAAGUUCUUGCUAAGUCUGGUACUCCCAGUGAUCGUAAACAUGCUGAGAAGAUAUUGCCUGUUGUUCGGAAUCAGCAUUUACUACUUUGUACACUGCUUAUCUGCAAUGCAGCUGCUAUGGAGGCACUUCCAAUUUUUCUUGAUAGUUUGAUUACAGCUUGGGGUGCCAUCCUCAUUUCAGUGACGUUGAUACUUCUGUUUGGUGAGAUUAUACCACAAUCGGUUUGUUCUCGCUAUGGUUUAGCAAUUGGUGCAACAGUUGCUCCAUUUGUUCGUGUUCUUGUUUGGAUCUGCUUUCCUGUUGCUUAUCCCAUAAGCAAGCUACUAGACUUACUUCUAGGACAUGGACAUGUGGCUCUUUUCCGAAGGGCUGAAUUGAAGACACUUGUCAAUUUACAUGGAAAUGAGGCUGGAAAAGGUGGUGAAUUAACACAUGAUGAAACCACUAUUAUUGCUGGAGCAUUGGAGCUAACAGAGAAAACAGCUGGUGAUGCGAUGACUCCUAUAGCUGAUACUUUUGCAAUUGACAUCAAUGCAACGUUGGAUAGAGUCACAAUGAACUCAAUUUUGGAUAAUGGCCACAGUCGUGUUCCAGUUUAUUAUGAGGAGCAAACUAACAUCAUUGGAGUCAUUUUAGUGAAAAAUUUGUUGACUAUUAAUCCAGAAGAUGAAAUACCUGUGAAGAGUGUAACAAUUCGCAAAGUUCCAAGGGUACCGGAAACAAUGCCUCUAUAUGACAUACUGAAUGAGUUUCAGAAAGGUCACAGCCACAUGGCAGUAGUCAUAAGGCAAUCAAACAAAUCAGAGACACAGUUCGUCAAUGGGAAUCCUGAUGAUGAUUCAGCAAAAGAGGUGAGGGUCACCAUCACAGGUGAUGUCCCAGAACAAUCAAAGAACUUACAAAAGGAUGAAAGUAUACAACAAAAGAGAAAAUUCUACAAGUGGAAGAGCUUCCCAAAUAGUAAUAAAUCAAACAAGGGAUUAAGGACCAAGAAAUGGAAUAGAGAUAUCUAUUCAGAUGUCUUGGAGCUUGAGAAGCCUCUACCAAAACCUGAUGAAGAAGAAGCAAUUGGAAUUAUAACUUUGGAGGAUGUCAUUGAAGAGCUCUUACAGGAAGAGAUAUACGAUGAGACAGACCAUCAUUUCGAAGAUUCAUGACAUUCAGCUAUCUAGUCGAUAUUUAGAACAUAAGAUAUAUAGCUAGUCAUCCUCUUACCUUCCAACAUUGUCAAUUUAAACCCACUUAGGUGGUAUGAGGCUCAAAUAUAUUACUGAUUAAUGCCAUGAUCAAUCAGGUAACUUCGUUUUGUGAUUGUGUUGAUGUAAAUGUACAGUUACCGAUGCGGGUAACGUUGUAAACUAGAAAAAUAUAUGGAUUGUAAGCAGGAUGUAAAAGUUCCAGAAAACAUAAAUAAAAGCAAAUAAUGCUUCUUUCUUUACGUAAAA